AUGAACAGCGUCGACGAUAUCCUUACCUUCUUCAUCACCCGGUCCUCGUAUUGUCGAUCUCUACGAAGUUGUGCCAUUUGCCGCUUUGAAGCUUCCUCGAUCAAGGGCCAAAGGAUUACUCGCAUUGACACUCACAGCAAACCAUAUGCUCAGCCCAUUAAGAGCCCUAUGCGCAAUGAAAUCCGGGAUCAUCCCUCACACUUCCGUUGCAAUCUUGAAGCGGAAAGCACUGAGACCCGUGGCUCAGGGUGUCCUGUGCGUACAGCCAGCUUGAGCACGGAAUGGAGUCCGUUUGCCCCCGAGGAUAAGGAUCAAAUCCGCUGGUCAGUGGACAAUGCCUUGGUGCUGAAAUUAGACCGUGAUAUCUGCAAGAUCCGGGGUACUCUCCGCAGCGAGAAGAAAUCAUUGCCUCAGGCUGAUAAGUAA